GUGUUGUGAGUGUAGCGCCUCCCUUUCACACCAGUACUAUGAGAAGGAUGGACAGCUCUUCUGCAAGAAAGACUACUGGGCCCGCUAUGGCGAGUCUUGCCACGGGUGCUCUGAGCACAUCACCAAAGGCCUGGUCAUGGUGGCCGGGGAGUUGAAGUACCACCCCGAGUGUUUCACCUGCCUCACCUGUGGAACCUUCAUCGGUGAUGGGGACACCUACACACUGGUGGAGCACUCUAAGCUAUACUGCGGGCACUGCUACUACCAGACGGUGGUAACACCAGUCAUUGAACACAUCCUGCCUGACUCACCUGGCUCCCACCUGCCCCACACAGUUACCCUAGUGUCUAUCCCAGCCUCUGCCCAUGGCAAACGAGGCCUGUCCGUCUCCAUUGACCCUCCUCAUGGCCCACCAGGCUCUGGCACAGAGCAUUCGCACACCGUUCGAGUCCAAGGAGUGGACCCAGGAUGCAUGAGCCCUGAUGUGAAGAAUUCCAUCCACGUUGGAGACCGCAUCUUGGAGAUCAACGGCACACCCAUACGGAAUGUCCCACUGGAUGAGAUCGACUUGCUGAUCCAGGAGACCAGCCGGCUGCUCCAGCUGACCCUUGAGCACGACCCGCAUGACUCUCUGGGCCACGGGCCAGUGUCGGAUCCGAGCCCCCUGGGUUCCCCGGUGCGCACUCCCAGCGGACAGGCAGGCAGCUCUGCCCGGCAGAAAGCUGUCUUGUAA